CAGGGGAGGAGAAAGGAGAGAACGAGAGCGAAAAGCGUUCAGCCACUGGCCUUCACCAGAGUGCUUAAUAUUCAAUGACCUGUGAUCCAAACUCACGCAGGGGACGUCAAAACAACAGUGGUUUAAUCAUCUCAAAGAAGGAAGCACGGGGCGAAGUCAACUACUGCUCUUGCUCUCGAAGCCAGCGCUUGCCAUCGGCGAUUUUCAAACUUUUGCUUUUAGGAAUUCAUUCCCAAAGUCGGGAUGGAACGGCGUCUUGUAUCGUAUGCAAAUACGUCUGCUGACGUAGUUGAUCAUGUGGGUUUUGGCGUAGAUCCCCCUGUGAUCGCCAAUUUUUUUCGGCUGUUGUCUUUAGGAUUCGGCAGAAUCAUUACAAUCGUACGCUUCUGUUGGCUGUACACGUGGAAAAGUACGCAAUUUUGGACCCUAGCUGUCAAUAACCUCACAUCCCAGCGUUUUCCGUUGGUGGUGGGCAGGUGAGAAGAAGCUGGGUAAAAAAGAAAACUUGACACAUAGGACCUACAGAUAUUGUGCUCUAAAACACAAGACCAUUAUUGACAGACUCUGUGGUCUGGGAUGAAGUCUCAUGAAGUCUUUCAUUGGAGCUGACAUUCACAGUCAGCUGAAUCAUCCUUUACCGAUCCUCCACCAGACAAAGACCUGCCCAUUGCUCAUCACCAGAGUCCCCCUGCACUGUACCGUCUUACUCCCUGACCAUGGCUAGUCGAAGAAAGUCUACAACUCCCUGCAUGAUCCGACCGGAUGACUUGGUGACUGCAGAUGACCCAGAAGACAUGGAUUCUUGUUUGGAUGGUACAGAAGAGAAUGGAUCAUCACAUGUGUCUUCUAGUGAGGACUGGACAGAUAGGAAGAGUUCUGUGAACUCUAUUCAGGAAGCAACAGAGCUGGAGAAACCUGAAGUGAAAACACGACCACAGAGGAAACUCCAGGGAGGCUACGAGUGCAAAUACUGUCCCUUUUCCACACAAAACCUCAACGAGUUCAAAGACCAUGUUGAUUCCAACCACCCCAAUGUUAUACUCAACCCACUUUACUUGUGUGCGGUAUGUAACUUCAACACAAAAAAGUUUGAUUCUUUAACAGAACACAAUGAGAAAUGCCAUCCCGGGGAGAGCAACUUCAAGUUCAAGAGAAUCAAACUAAACAGUCAGACCAUUCUAGAACAGACAAUCGAAGGUUCAAACUGUGCAGUCAUCUAUGAUACAACCAGCCCUCAGUCAGGAGAGGACUUUACUUCUUUUCCUUCAAGCAAAUCCACUACUGUUAAGCUGGGCAAGUCCAAAGCAGACAGUUUACGGUUGCAAGAUGAUAGUCCGCUGGACAAACUCGCUCAAGAUCUCCCGAAAAAGCAAAUUACUGCAGUGAAUGUGAAUGGGACUGUGAUAAUCCCAGAUGCAACUCUUAAAGACGGCCUCUCUCAUAUAAUGCCAUCCCUGCAACGCCCACCUAACUACAACUUAGUACCAAAAAUCGCCGUCCCCUUGAACACUUCAAAAUACAACCCCUCGUUAGAUGGCAACUUGACCCUCAUCACCUCCUUCAACAAGUUUCCAUACCCUACUCAAGCAGAGCUCUCUUGGCUCACUGCAGCCUCCAAACACCCCGAAGAACAAAUUAAAGUGUGGUUCACUACCCAACGGCUAAAACAAGGUAUCAGCUGGUCUCCUGAGGAAGUUGAGGAAGCACGUAAGAAAAUGUUCAAUGGAACGAUUCAGCCUGUUCAACAAGCAUUCACUGUCUUACCUGCUCAGUUAGCUCAGUCCACUAAAGCUUCACAGUCCCUUAUCCAGACCGUCCCUUGCCAUGUCCUUGGACAAUCUGGCCUAGUGUUGGCACCAGUUGCCAAUGGCUCAAAUGCGACCAGUUCUCCUCUCGCACUAACAGUCACAAAUCAAAUAGCACAGGGUGUCAAGAGGCCCCACACAGCACCACUGGUUGCCCCAGAGAUAAAGAGGCCUUCAAUAAUCCAGUCCGUUCAGAGUACUCCGAAGUCUGUCUCUCCGACACCAAGUCUUUCUUCAGAUUGUGAAAAAACCCCUGAUCAGAUCAGAGAGCUGACCACAAGCUAUGCUCAGUGCCAGUUUCCUGAUGAUGAAGAAGUGUAUCGUCUCAUUGAGACGACUGGCCUCUCCUGGGGAGAGAUCAAAAAAUGGUUCAGCGAUCAGCGCCAUGGAAACCAUAAGGCAGUGCAACAGAUUAAAACAGACUUCUCUUCAAAGGACAGCCAACCACAUAAGCCUGUCGCCACACAGUUUCCACUACUAGAGAGAGUUAAAGGCAAAUCCUCUGAGCAAAUGAAAAAGUUAGAGGAGAGUUUCCAAAGGACUAGCUUUCCGACCCAGGCUGAGAUAGAGCACCUUGUGGCGGACACUAGGCUCUCCAAAAACGAAAUCGACUGCUGGUUUACGGAGCGUCGUGCACUACGUGACAACCUAGAGCAAGCCUUGCUCAACUCGAUGGGCUCGAAAAGGCUGGAGCAUCACCUUCAAAGGGGGACACUGAAUGGAGUCCAUGAGCAGGACAGCAGAGUCAGGGACUCACCUCUUCCCAUUCUCACAUCCUCAGUGUGUCCAGAGGCCAUUGAUGGCAAGUCUCUCUGCCUUCUUAAAGAUGUGUUUGCACAAACCCAGUGGCCCUCACCAGAGGAGUACAGCCAACUAGAAAUCCAAACAGGGCUAGCUCGUACAGAAAUUGUCCGCUGGUUUAAGGACAACAGAUCUGCUCUGAAGAAUGGAACUUUGGAUUGGAUGGAACAAUUUCAAAGUCUUAGCAACAAAAGACCGAAUGGACAAAACAGCUUGUUGAUCACGGAUCAGACACAAAGCGUCCUACAAAGGCACUUUCAAGAGGCAAAGGUACAAAAAGGGGAGGGUUUUGAGAAGCUUGCAGAGCAGCCAAAACUAACCAACCAGGACAUAGUAGAAUGGUUUACCAGUAAACUGGGCCAUAACAUGCCUGAUAUCAGCAAGAGCAAGGAACAUGGACAGGCAAGUGUAGAUGGUAAGAGGUGGGUUUCCUUGGCAGCGGACAUUGACAGCAAAGACUAUGAUGCACAGAAAGUGGCACGAGACCUCGAAGUGCUGUCAGCAGAACACAGAGUGACGGGAUGAAGUUGUAAAG